AGCGUGCUGGAGCGCGCCACGCGGCGGAAGGCAGGGGGAUAAGCAGCGAAGGACAAUCUUACGAUGCCGCUGGUUAUGGGUCCAGGCUUCAUUCUCCAAGUGUAUGUCGUGCUGACCAGAAUCUGAUCUGUAUGUUGUGGAUCUAGAGGAGUGGAGGUUAACGGCGAGCUGAGGCCUUUUCCAAAUGGGUCUGGACAAGUGGCGGUCGAUCUGUCCGUAGUAGAUAACCUGGUAAGAACGGAGCAUGCGCUGGAGUGCAGCAGCGACAGAGGGGUUUCCCUUCCUCCUUAGCGGAAGAAGGCUUUUUUCUCUUCCAGUGGGAAGUGGAAAGCGCUCAGCGAAGACUGUUUGUUGUAAGAACAGGCCUCUCUUGUCAACUCCCAAUAGACAAGGGUCCAAAGCGGGACAAAGCUGGACAAAGCGCGACAAGGCGGGACAAAGCGGGACAAAGCGGUCAAAGUGGGGCAAAGCGAGUCAAAGUGGGACAAAGCACAGAGCAGAGUCAGGAGAGGCAGGGUACAGAGCGGGGCAAAGUGGUACAAAGUGGGACAAAACGGGAUAAAGCUUGAUAUAGCGGGACAAAGCCAUAAAGCGGAACAAAGUGGGGCAAAGUGGGAUCAAGUGGGACAAAGCGGGACAAAACGGGACAAAGUGGGACAAAGCGGGACAAAGCGCAAAGCAGAGUCAGGAGAGGUAGGGUACAAAGCAGGACAAAGCAGGACAAAGCGGGACAAAGAGGGACAAACCGUAAAGCAGAGUUAGGAGAGGCAGGGUACAAAGCGGGACAAGGCGGAAAGCAGAGUCAGUAGAGGGCCCGGGGGGGGAGGGGGGGGGAGCGGUCAAUAUGAGGUCCAAUGUAACUUCUGAUGUGAGCAUCAUGACGCGGUUUUCGGAUUGGUGGCGAUCCAUGCCGAUGAUGACAUCUGGAAUUCUAGCGGUCUGUGUGGGUGUGUACCUCUUUGAUGUGCUAGUCGGAUUCGAUGCAUUUGAUCGGGUGUGCAUGGAACCGGGGUUGAUGUUCUCCGCCCCGUGGGAGCUGUAUCGAGGACUUACGAGCGUGCUGUUCCAUGCGGGCCUGCUUCAUAUUUCCCUGAACAUGAUGACCUUUGUCCCCUUGGGAAGUGGUCUGGAGAGGCUCCUUGGUUCUACACGAUACCUGUACUCCGUGUUCCUGUUUGCGGUCACCAAUACCUUGAUUCAUGGUGGUCUUGCAUAUCUGGCUGCUUUCAAUCCCAUCUUGCCGUAUCCGCGGAUGUGGUAUGAGUGUUCCAUCGGAUUCUCUGGCAUCCUGUUUUCGAUGAUUGUUGCCGAGACGUAUAUGAGUGGAAUGACCCAGAGGAGCAUUUUCGGUUUCUUUACUGUCCCUGCACAGUGGUACCCAUGGGCACUAUUGGUUCUGUUCCAGGUGAUCAUGCCCAACGUCUCGAUUCUUGGGCAUCUUAGCGGCCUGCUCUCUGGACUUGCAUUUGCGACUGGUGUAUUGUCCAUAAUCUCGCUGCCGGCGUCUGCCAUCUCUGCCAUUGAAAGUCUACCAUGCCUUGCGCCCUUGGUCCGCAAGCCGACGUUCAUCGUGGGAGGCAGCAAUGUUGCAGCGGUGGGGUUACCCGGCCCCGGUGCUAGCGGGCAUGAGGGGAGUGGCCUUGGUUUUAGCACUAUGUGGAGAAGGAUGCAAGGGUGGUCGCAGUUGCCAUCGAUGGCGCCAUCGUCAGCAGAUCGUGACCAUACAUCAUCUGCAGGGCAACGCCCUACCAGUGGACCAUUCGCAGGGAGGGGUCAUACGCUGGGUGGCUCGGUGGCCGUCCCUCCUCACAGGUGGGGAGCACCACCUCAAGCCACCGGCAGUAACGCAGCUAUAUCAGAUUGGAACAGUGCUGCGGCGACUGCCGGCGGGAUCGCUGGGGCAGGAAGGGGCGGGCCCGUUGUUACGGUUGGUGUACCCGUACAGCAGGUUGGUGGGGGCGAGGCUCGGGCACCUGCUUUGCCUCUGACUGGACCUGCUUUGCCUGCUGCCCAAGCCGACAACUCUGGUAGUGAUGGAGUGGUCUCUUCUGCUGCUCUUGCCCAGCUUGUCGCAAUGGGCUUUGAGACCUCGGCUGCUAGAUCCGCAUUACUGGCUGCGAAUGGCGAUGUUGCUCUGGCUGUGGAAUUCCUCAGUCCAUAGAACCGGUCACGACCUUCAUACCCAGGAUUACCAUGGUCUUUGUUGCUCAAUCUGUUACACGGCGGCACAUCUGCAAACCAGAAUUUGAAACCCUGGUAUAUAAGCACGUACUUCUCCAGCUUGUGCAAUGUGAUUCCCAUGCGGGAAAAACAUGGUGCAGAGACUGUCGGUGUGGCGAUAUCUGAAAGGAUGUCCACGCGGAGGCUUGCCAGGGAAGAGGGACAUGGCUACCGCUCUUAGGCUCGGAGCUUCAACCCUUGUUUGGUGUGAGCAUAUUGGCAUUUUGUGGUCCCCACUGGAGGAAUACCCGUCCGGUCUGCUACAGCCUUAGCAUCCUUUUGUAUUGUGGGCUCGAAGGCUUGAGCUGAGGUCCUCUUGAAGGUUUGAACUCAGGUCCUCUUGAAGGUUUGAUGUUGGAUGGGAGAGUCUCAAAGGUCUAUAGCGGCACAGUGGAAGUGCAUGCCAAAACUGUUGUUUCAAACCCACUGCUGCUGGGCAAGAUGCUCAUGAAGCUGUAAAGGAAGAGUGGAGAUACAAAGCUGAGAUAGGCAGUAGCUUGGAAGACCCGGGGUACUGGUUUGCACUGUCUGGAAGUGUCAGUGAUUGAUGCAGCGAAAAUGGAUUUGGCUCGCUGGUGGUGAUGAGGCUACCCACUGUUAAGAUGGACAGCAGAUAUGGCAUGCAUGGAGGGGCAAGUCGUGGCAUUGCAAAGCGAACGAGUCCUGGCACGGACGUGAGAUCUGAUUAAACUUAACGGUGGCCUGUGUUGAGAGUAUUAUUGCAGGGUUGUCCAGGCGGGGGCUGUGGUUUCAAUCGAUGUCCGGGAGAGCUUUUGAUGUGCUUGUUUUUUUCUAUCUUGAGUUUUCUUUCGGAUCGAUCGACCGGUGAGAUUCUUUGCUACCUCACUACUGGUUACAAGCAUGAGUGACGUGCAGGUAAGUCAACGUGUCAUCUGGGCUCAGAGAGGUAGGGCUCCGGUUAGGGCUGGUUUAUGUGCAAAGAAUGCCUGCGACAUAGAUUGUGGGUCUGUGAUGGACGACCUCAUCUGGAGAGCAGCUUAAUUAAGAGGCAGAGCUCAGUCCAAGAACAGCAGUAGAAACAAGUCUGGCUGGCUGGCUGGCAGUAAAUUGUGGUCGAAUGCCGUCCGGUGAUGUCCCUGUGUGGGUAUGCCCGGUAAAUCGUAGGCAGAGAGGGAGAACAGGACAACAAAUGAGGUGCUGUGACAAACUGUUAAGUCGGAGUUUCACCGACUUGUCAGGAGGCUGAAUGUCGUUAGUCGACUCUGUGUUCUGUGCAUAUUACCUGCAGAAGUAGAGAACACAAGCAUCCGGGCCUGACGCGGGUUGCACAUAAGUAGUAGAAUGACAAUGCAAACGGAACCUUCACACAGGAAGCGUUUUUCAUGGCGACAAAUGUGUCAGUGAAUCGCUAGCUUCCAGCACUGGUCUGUUGUUGUGUUCUGUACAUAAUAAUACACAUGUAGAUAAUGAAGGCCGUGAAGGCCGCCUGGUCACACAGGGCCUUUGCUAGAUGAACAUCAGAGCAGUAUCUGACCAGAUUCAGCGCAGACUAGAAAAUAUGAACUCCAUGGAGGGCAUAGUCACGCAGGGUGUUUACUGUAUGGCAUUUGACUACAAUUUGCGGCCAGAUUCAGGGCCUUGCCACACCACUCUCGAAUCUCGAAAAUUCCGUUGGAGUUUUCGUGAUACUGCCCGUCCGCGCUCGAGUUCGACGUCCAUUUCGAGAGUUGUCAGGCCGUUUUCUCGGGCCGCGGAUAGCAUCCACGCUCGAGAGGAAUUUUUGAGAGGCCGGUCUAGUGUGCUAUGUGGCGAAGGACCAUUUUCUCUCGAAAACCGGCCUCUCGAAAAAUCCUGACAGCCCUCGAAUAUUUUCGAGAUUCGAGAGUGGUGUGGCGAGGCCCUCAGCCAAAAAGUGCUAGUUGACGACCAUAGGCACAGUUGUUUGACGAAUUAACAAUCCUGCAAUGACAGUUGUUAAUUGUGAGGCCUUGGGAACCUAGCUGUGGGGAGGGUUGGUAGGCCCUAAGCAGACCUGGCCAACAAUGAAAGGGACACGCCGGCGAGGCCCAUCAGACUUAGGGGUCGAUACCAGGCUGCUACCAGUAAGCACUGCCCUCUGGAAGAGUCUGGAGGAGGCCGUGAGAGGCAGUGUCUACUGGUCUCCCCCGGCAUAUGGGGAGGCAGCCGUGCAGCUGUGGGCAUCGUCGUGCUGCAUGCUGUCUGGGCGUCGGUAGAGUGCAGUAGCAGUGAUGAAGGGCACUCAAAUCAGCUAGCGAGUACUGGGAAAAGGGAGGGCGCAAACCCUGGCUGGUGCAGCCACUGGAGGGAGAGAGAGAGAGAGAGAGAGAGAGAGAGAGAGAGAGAGAGAGAGAGAGAGAGAGAGAGAGGUGGUGCAAGGAGGGUUCCUUGGGAAGAGGAAGACCACGAGAGGAGCGGCGAGGGACACGUGGUGGUAGGCAAGUCAGCUCGAGCAAUGUACAUUCUUUGACUGAAGUUAGGUGACACCAGAAGUGAGCUGUGUGGCAUUGGAUGUCAGCGAGUUGUAGGAUAGAGGACUAGGGCAUGUGGUCACCACCUUGGGCAGCCAGUCAAAGACGAAGAAGGUUAAUAUUGCAAUGUAUUAUUAGUACUGUUGUUGUUUUGAUUGAUUGGAGGCAGGUUGGGGUCUUUCUUCAUCGAUACACUUCCCAUAUGGUCAGCAACUUGUGCAUGCGUGAUUAAAGCCUUGUCCAUUGUGCUCCAUGCUUUUCGUUA